UGUAAUUGCUUUCUCUUCGCAUGGAUGAAUUACCAGAGAUAAUAAAUCGAUAAUGUAUGUUUUGCAUAAUAUGUUCAGGUGCUAUAGUUUGCACACAGUUUGUCUUUUUGUAUAUUUUGUUUUUUAAGGGCAAAUGUAUCAAUUUUUGUUGAUAGCUUGUUGUGCAGUUCCUGUGGCGGUAUGUGCGUCCUUUAGUAAUGUAACGUUACAUAAGGAUGAGUCUCAUAUACCUAAACAAACUGCUAUUUCAAAAAAAUUGAAAGAUCAGGAAGGAAUUACAUACUCGAAUUCAACGAAAAAUUCUAAGCAAGAUAAGACAGUGUCUCUACCAAAACCAUACGAAACUAAUAAAUCUGUUAAAAGUUUUCCCGAAAAACAUUCAGGGAAAGGAAAGAACGUUUUAAUUGCAGAAAAUGCACAGUCAUUAAAUAAUACUCAAAAACCACCUCACAUUCUGUUUAAAAUUCAUCAUACUCUUACGAGAUCCAAAGAUGCAGUAUGGGCGACCAUGACGUUAACAUUUAUGUGUGUGAUACUUUUUCUGGCCGUUGCACAGUCCCGUAUGUGGAAAAAUUAUCGUGGAUCAGAAAUGCCUGGUGUAACUUUGCCAAAGUUUGAUGAGAGAGUACCUUUCAGAGAGGUAAUGGAACACAAAACGAGGUCUUUGAAAGAAUUUUUUCAAAAACGAAAAGAAAAAAGGAAAACAGAAUUGGAAUGCCUCUUACCACCUAGCGAAUGGGAUUAAGAAAAAACAUUCCAGUACCAUGGCAGAAAUUUUUAUAUUUUAUAGUUGUCACUUAUGUGGUGCAUUUUAAUAUUCCCAUUAUAUGGGAUAAUAGAGCUUAUUUUUUUAUUAUUUUUGUUGUCACACUUAAGAAUUUUAGAAGACUUGUGUGGACAUUAUACAGUCAAAAGUCUUUAAUCCAGACUCGUCGGGACUUUGGCGAUUCCGGAUUAUCGGUUUUUUCUGGAUUAUAGAUCAUCAGUUUAAAUCUGGUAAGAUGGCAUGCAGAAAUUAU